UGGGCGGAGCCUAUUUCCCUCUCUCUUCCCCCCCAGUCCCCUCCUCGGAAGUAGACAUAUCUGUCUAUAUUCCGUUCUUUUAUUUUUAUAUGUUUUUUACAGCAACCCCUUUUCCCCAGAACUUGGCACCAUGGAAGCCAGGAUGGACGAGUAAACCGAGGAACGGGUACCCGAUUUCACCCCCUUUAUCUAUCCUUGAAUUGAGUGGACCGGAUGAAAUCCAACUGUGGUUUUCUCCGCUUCGCAGGGGAGGUAGCUGUAUCCAGUGGGGAGGUAGGCUCAACCAGGGGAGGAAAGAAUGAAGUUAACUGAACCCUGGGGACGCCAGAGGCUGUCUUUUCUUCUGGAAAAGGCUGCCUCUAGGGAAGCCAAGAUGUGGAAGGUCUAUGUGCCAAAGAAGCCCUCCUCACAGGAUACAGACGUCUCCCCGGCCCAGCGAGAUGAAGCCGUGCGAUGGUUGACAGAGCUCCACAGCAGAUUGCAGCUGUACCCAGAGACUCUGGUUUUGGCUGUUAGCAUCCUGGACCGCUUUCUCGCUCCCAUCAAGGCGCGUCCAAAGUACCUGCGCUGCAUCGCCAUUACCUGCUUCUUCCUGGCUGCCAAGACGUGUGAGGAGGAUGAGUGUGUGCCUUCUCUGAAGGAACUGGCUGCCUCCAGCAGCUGUGGCUGUUCUCCAUCAGAGAUCCUGAGGAUGGAAAGGAUCAUCCUUGACAAACUGAACUGGGAUCUGCAUACUGCCACAGCACUGGACUUCCUGCACAUUUUCCAUGCGAUGGUGUUGUCGUGUCGUUCCGGGUUUUUGUACUCCAUGCUGGGAUUGAACCGCUCUCAGCACCUCGCCCUGCUCACACAGCGACUCUAUCACUGUCUGGCCGACCACACACUCAUACAGCUCAGAGGAUCCAUGCUGGCCUUGGCCCUCAUUACCCUGGAGCUGGAGACCUGCUGUCCUGAUUGGCUGGCACUUACCAUUGACCUGCUGAGGAGGGCACAGAUCGACAGCUCUGAAUUGAUUAGGAGUCGAGAGCUGGUGGCUCGUAGUCUGUCCACACCGAGAGCUUCCCUGCUUCCAAACACUGUCUACAUCUACCAACCCCUGCAGAGCCAAACCACCCUGCAGUGUCCGGCCCUGGACCCUACCCUCCGCUGCUGCACACUGGGGACCAUCACCUCCACCUCAGAGUCUUCCAGGGACCUUGCCCAUGUCAAUGCCUCCCCUGCCCAGCCCCACAUACGUACUGGAGGGGAGGUGGGGCGUCCGCAGCCUUGGAGCUCCGUCUCCUCCUCCACCGACAGCAGCAUCCCGGCUCUGCUCUCCCCACCCAAAAACCUCCAUCACAACCGCCUACAGAAGGUCACGCUGCGCUGCAAGGCCUCCGCCAAGCGCAAGGUGGAGGAGAUGGAGGUGGAUGACUUCUACGAUGGCAUCAAACGCCUCUACAACGAAGACGUCACUACCACCGCCAUCACCGUCCAGGAGGGGGCAACAUCUGCAACGGGGGCAAUAACAACAAGUGGAGGAGGAGGAGGUCUGAACACCUGCAGUGUCCUGUUGUCCCGACAGGAAGGCAGCUCUUCCCCCUGCCCGCCUCUGCAGCCAGUCAGUGCCUCCUAAUGACCAAACAGGAAGCAGUUUUACCAAAACCACCUCAACGCAGACAUGAUCUUCCUGUUUCACUUUCAGACUAAACCUCCAGUCAAAGUAUUCAAAUUAUAUUCAGUUUUUUGAUCAAACAGUCAACUUUAGGCAGUUCCUGCGGCAACAGUGGUGGGCAACUCCCUUGGCUAUAGGUAACAAAGUCAGAGAAUGAGAGAGAUUUGUUUUCAGUGUCCCAUUUGCAUAAAAAAGCAAUAUAGAGGCAGCUCCUCGUGGCUUGUUGGCCUUCAGAGUUGCCAGAGAAAACUGUCCUAUAUUCCUGUUGAUGAAACAUACAAUAAAGAGGAAAAUAUUAAUGUCAUAAUACAAAUAAAGUAGUGAUAGAGAUGAUGUCGGCGCUUACAGUGGUUUUGGUUUCGGUGCAAAUGACCCCAGUGUGAGCCCGAGCUGUUCAGCUGUCCUGAGGUCAGUUGCCAUCAUCCUCUGCAGCAGGAAAACAGAGCCCAAAAAAAAUUAAACAUUCAAAAAAUAAAAAACCUGCUGCUGCUACUAUCUGAUUAAUGAUAUUUGUUGAACACAAAUACAAAAGGUUUAAAAAAAUAAUAAAUAGAAAAACUUGCCUUCAAAAAAAACCUAGAAUUGACUUCUCUACCCCAGUGUCUCGCUCUCUGUCCUGUUGUGGAAGAUUUUUGGAAAUGUUUGUCAUCUUAUAUUUGUUGUUCACACUUUAAACUCUUUUCUUUCAUUUCACACAUUUAUGUUUUUAUUCUGUCUUCUUCCCUUACCUUCCUCACUCUGCAUGUUUUCAUCUCUAUUUAUAACUUCUUCAUAAAGAGUUUCAAUCAAUCGAAUGAAUGUUACUGUAUAGAUGAUAAUCUGUAGUACUUGCCCAGAUAGAAAAAAGUUAGUUUUUAUUUGUCUGUUUGUUUUUUUUUUAAUGAAGUGCAAUUUGAUUGUUAAGAAGAUGCUGGUGUAAACAUCCUUCCUAAGAAUCCCUUUCUUUCCCUUCCCUCUCAGCUUGUUGUGACAGCUUGACUUAAUGAAAGUUUCUCAGGUUGUUUUAUUCACCCACAAACAUGAAAAAAAGUCUCUGCAGCUUAAAUCUGGCUCGCUCCUGCAGAGGUCUUGACUGCCAAAUGAUCAUUUAGUUUGUUUUGGAGCCCAAGUCGCCUUGAGAUAAUAUAUAAAUUAUUAGUUACUACAGCAGCUCUCAGUUGGUGGAGUUGACCUCGGUCAAUUGCUUUAAACCCCACCCAUCUGGUACCACUGAGAGUUUAGAACAAAUGCUGUCAAAAACUCUGAAGGACCUACAGUUCUUGUUGUGUAGUCAGGGCCCUGUUCUUUAAACCUGUUUUAACUAAUCCUAGUUAAAACGAUUCUGUUAAUUCUAAUUAAGCUACCUUGGUCUCUUGAAUACAGAUACACCAAGAGAUCUUGAUGAUUUCUCAAUAACUUACAUGUUCUCAUCUAAAACCGUAAAAGUUUUGGUAAUGAGGACUCGAUGCCAUAACAGCUCCGGUUAAAUCCAGAAAAAUCCAGGCUUUACAGUCAACUCAACUUUGUUGUCCUUAUACAAAGAACAGGGCCCUGGUAAAAAUCAGACAGCAUGUGGUUUCUGUGUUGAAGCAACUGGAGGCAAUUCAAGUUUUAGUCAAUAUAUUCAUAUGUAAUAAAACAACCUUGAAUUAUUGAAAGCAUUUUACUAUUAAGCUAAGAGACAGAAAUGUGGUUUUUGAGUUGGAGUCUGAGCUGAGCUGACUGAGAAAAAGAACACGUGUGAAGAUCUUCACUUUGAUGUUACAAAAAAAAGCUAAAACAACACGCUCUGUUUUUAUCUUUUGAAGUUCUGUUUAAUAUAUUUUUAAUCCUGCAAAAAGCUCUGUUGUUCCUGCUGUGGUGGUGGGUGGUGGCUGCGCCAGGUCCCUGAACGCACUGCGGCACCCAUAAAUAAAGAGAUAAGAGUAUGAAAACUGA